UCGAAACAUAAACCUUUCGUCUUUGCAACCAAGCAAACUAGUGGAUUACAGCAGCAGCGGUUGCUUUCGAUUUUAGCUAAGGAUUACGUAGAAGAAGAAGAAGCAGAGGAUACCAUGAAGUUAUUUUAUUUGAUUGGAUUUUUGGUGCUGGCAGCUGUGGCCCAGGCCGAUGUCAGUGAUAAAUCGGAGCAGAAAUCCCCUGAUCUGGCCUCGGAUAAAAGCAGUGAUUCCAAGCCCAAAAGAGAUGCCUCAUUUUUGGGUGGCGGCGGCGGCAGUCAUGGCGGCUAUCAUGGACCCUCCUAUAAGUACUUGCCUCCCAGCUCGGUGGCCAGCAGCUAUGACUCUUACAGCAGCCCGGGAUUGUCCUCAGCUGGCCAUCAUCGCCAUGGUGGUUUCCAUGGUCAUCAAUCUGGCGGCCUAGGUGGUGUGAAAUUUGUGGGUGUUAGCCAUGGUAUUGGAGGCUUCCCCGCUAGCUAUGCACCAAGUGUUUCAUAUGGCGGUCAUGGUUCCGGUGGUUUUGCCGGUGGAUUUGGCCAUGCCAUAAAGAGUUCGGGUCCCUCUUAUGUUGUGGGUCAUGCAGUGGCUGGUGGUUUGGGCCAUGGUGUCCACUCGUUUGGUGGUCAUGGUUUUUCAUCGGGACCCAAGGUAAUUAGUGCCGGACCUAGUUAUUCUUUGAGUGCUGGCCAUGUUGGCUCCGGUUCAGGUCUGGCAGCUGGUUAUCAUUAUUCCAAGGGUAUUAGUGGUUCAUUGGGUUCUGCUGGAGGUCAUGGAGGAUUUUCGUUGGGCUCUGGUGUGGGUCAUGGUGUUUCUGGUGGCCAUGGAGUUUCUGGUGUAGGUCAUGGUGGAUUUUCUGGUUCUUCCGGUUCAGGACAUGGAGUUUCUGGUUAUUCCUCUGGCUCUGGCCAUGGAAUUUCUGGUUUUGGUGCUGGUGCUGUAUCGGGCUUCUCCAGCCAAGGUGAUUAUUCCUCAGGCCAUGAGGUCCAUCACUCUGAUCAUGUGCACAAUGGCAAUCAGGAACAUCAUUACAUUGUGGGCGCCAGCCAAGAUUCCGGUUUGGGUGGACCUGCUGGAGACUCAGGUUAUCAUUAUGAGGCGCCUGUGGCCACAUAUCUUCCACCUGCCUUACCCUCCAGCAGCUAUGGCCUGCCAAUUUCCGCGGUAAGUGCCACCUAUAGCCCAAGUUAUCAAAAUUCCCUGGAUGAGGGACCUGUUUAUGCUGCCGGCCACAAGGGUUUGGGCCAUUUCAGUUUCACCUCGAAUAAACCCAAUGUUUUGCACACCAACAUUAUUGGCUCCAGUUUUAAGACUCCAUCCUACAGCAAGGUGCCCUUUAAACCCUCCACAUUUUUGGGUAGCAAAUUUGAGGGAUCAUCAGCAUCUUCGUCAUCGUCGGUGGCAGGAGUAGAUCAGGCUCCCCAUCAACAAUAUUUGCCACCCUCCAGUGGAGCCCAGGAGGCCAGUGGCUAUGAUUAUCCCAUACCCUCGGGAGCCACUUUGGAGUAUCAUGAUGGCAGUUAUCAAUCAGCUGGCGAGGUUGGUAAUCACCAACAACCCGAGGCAAAUUAUUUGCCACCCCAUCACGACAGCUCAGCUGGGGCCAGCCCCAGUGCUAGUUAUUUGCCACCCGGUGGUAACUCAUAUGGCCAUUAAGUAGCAUAGCAUUACCCCUUUUCUCUCCCCACCAUGCAAUCAUUAACUUCAACUCAUAUUUAAGUGCUGCAUUUAAUUUAUUUUUUAAUGAAAAGAAAAAAAUCGAAA